UCAGGUGUAAUAAUCACAAAAUGGCGGCUAGUAGCUACUGAACAACUGAGAUAGUGAAGCAAAAAAUUCACCGUAAAUUAAAUCUUAUAUUUUUGUAAUUGUGUUUCAUAUCGCCAUCUAAAUUGUUAAUAUGGCACAAACAUUGGAAGACGCAUUAAUUGCUGCUCGUAGAGCUGUACAAUUUGACGGAAAUAGUCAAUACAAGCAAGCUUUGUAUUAUUAUAAUAUCGCUGUAAAACUUCUCACUAGGUUACAAUUAGACGAUACAUAUGAACAGAAACUUUCGGACUAUCGUGAAAGGAUUUUAUUGAUACAACGUCUCGUUAAUGAAGAAGAGCAGAAUAUUCAUAAGACAGAACCAUCACGUCGUGAUUUACAAAGAUGUAAAUUUCUCAUAAGCCAAGCGUUAGAUGCAGAUGAAGCAGGUUUAAAAGAUAUUGCAAUAAAAUUAUAUACAGAUGCUGCUGAACUUGGCCUCAGUACAAAAACUAGUGAUGUUGAAGUGAAAGCAAAAUUAACAGAUCUAGUCAGAGUUGCUGUUGAACGAGCAGAGUCUUUAAAAGGAAUCAAAAGUCCCAUCGAGGAUGACAAUGUCAUCACGAGUCUUGCUAAAUUACCACCUAUACCAGAAACCAAUUUUCCAGAUACUAUACCACCGGUAAAUGCAUCAGCUGCUCCAGUGAGAAAUGUUAAUAAACCUCAGCUACAUCGUGGAAGCAGUGCCCACCUCAAAAUUUCUGGUGGAACUAGUAAUUAUACUGAAGAAGAAAAAAGAGUAUUGUUUCAUAGCUCUCAUAUAAAUGACAAUGAAUUUGUACCAUUUAUGAAUAUUGACCUUACUGAAAAAUUCCGAUAUGCUAUCCCAUUUACUGAUAAAGAUGGAUUAUUAGAACUAGCACCAAAACAAAAGCUUGACUUUGCUAAAUGGUGUCGACCAGAGGAAUUAUAUCCUGAACCAAAAAUAGUCAUUGGUCAUCAUGUAGACUACUACAGCAUAAAACAAACGGUAAUUUCUGACUGUUCCUUUGUUGCUUCACUUGCUGUAAGUGCCCAAUAUGAGAAGAAAUUCGGACGAAGACUUAUAACGUCCAUUAUUUAUCCCAAAAAUAAGCAAAAGGAGCCUGUAUACAAUCCUUUUGGAAAAUACAUGGUGAAACUACACAUCAAUGGUGUUCCACGCAAAGUAAUAAUAGAUGACCUUUUGCCUGUAAGCCGAUACAACCAAUUACUCUGUUCCUACUCUAGCAAUCGUGGGGAGCUAUGGAUUUCUUUACUUGAGAAGGCUUAUAUGAAAGUAAUGGGUGGUUAUGAUUUCCCUGGAUCGAAUAGUAAUAUAGAUUUACACGCCUUAACUGGCUGGAUUCCCGAGAGAUGGGCAAUAAGACCAAAUGAUAUGGAUUUUAAUAAAGAUAAUCUAUUUGAUACGUUAUUAUUACGACUUCAUAAAGGAGAUGUGCUAGUCACUGUAGCCACAGGAGAAUUGUCGGAUUCGGAUGCGGACCGCACGGGUCUCGUACCAGCUCAUGCCUAUGCCGUCCAUGAUGUAAGAAAGAUUAAUGGAGAAAGAUUACUCCAGUUGAAAAAUCCAUGGUCUCAUUUGCGAUGGAGAGGCAAUUAUUCCGAGCUUGAUGUGAGACAUUGGACUCAGGAUUUGAAAGAAGCAUUAAAUUAUGAUCCGGAAUCUGCUUCAGAAUUUGACAACGGUGUUUUUUGGAUCGAUUACGAUAGUAUAUGUCGUUUCUUUGACGUAUUUUACUUAAAUUGGAAUCCAGGAUUGUUUAGUCAUACUUAUUGCAUACAUCAAAUGUGGAAAGCCGGUAUCGGUCCUGUUAAAGAUGCGUAUAAUAUUGGUGAUAAUCCACAAUUCUCAUUAGAAAUACAGGAAAAAGGAAGUGGUGCUAUCUGGGUGCUUCUUACAAGACAUAUUAUAGAUAUAGCGGACUUUCGACAAAAUCAAGAAUACAUCACGGUUUUGAUAUAUCGUAAUCAAGGGAAAAGAGUUUAUUAUCCACAUGACCCACCGCCAUACAUUGAUGGUGUGAGAAUAAACAGUCCGCACUAUCUGUGCAAAAUAAAAUUGGGAGAGCAAAGCGAUUCCAAGUAUACUCUAGUCAUAUCUCAGUACGAGAAAACGAAUACGAUCUAUUACACGCUUCGUACAUAUGGCACAUGUCCAUUUUCAUUACAAAAAAUACCACAAUUCUACAAAUAUGAAGAAGAGGUAACAGGUCAAUGGAAGGGUUCUACAGCAGGAGGAUGUGGCAAUCAUCCCACAUAUACAAGCAAUCCGCGAUAUCAAGCAGUCGUUGAAAGCGCACAUAACAACAAUUAUCUAUUAAUUAUUUUGAAGGGACCUAAACAAUAUCAAAUAGGCUUUGACAUUAAUACUGUCGUGCUAAAUGAUACAAAUGCAACGACUGCAUUUAAGACAAAAAGCUCUGGACCAUUUAGAUGUGGGUUCGUGUAUUUAGAAUUGGAAGAUGUACCAGCAGGAACAUAUCAUAUUAUUCCUUCUACAUACAUGCCUGGUCAGGAAGGACCGUUUUUUUUGAUUUGCAAAUCUUCUUGUAAUUUGCAACUUCAACUUCUUUCAGCGAACUAAAUAAAUUGCUAUAACUAAU